AUGGAAGAUAGGAAUUACGCUUACGACCCGGUUGGUCAGACCGGUGCGCCAGUCAACCAGCAAGCGUACAGAAUGGAGGCAGGACAACUGUGGCGGCAAUAUGUCAUCGCCGGAAUCGCGAACAUCGCGAUUGCGUCAACGGGUUACUCCAUGGGAUGGACGUCUCCUGUAAACCUGAAACUGCAAGCUAACGACACCAGCAACCCUGUAGGCGAACCAGUCACCAAAGACCAAGAGGCAUGGAUCGGAUCCCUGCUCACUGUGGGUGCUAUCUUUGGCCCCUUCCUCGGCGGUUUUGCUGCAUCAAAGAUCGGUCGCAAAUGGGGUCUUUUGAGUACUUCCAUCCCUCUUUUCAUUGGUUGGAUCCUGAUCGCUGCCACCAACAGCGUCGGCAUGAUCUACGGUGGUAGGAUCUUCUGGGGUCUCGCCGUCGGUAUGCUGUUCACCAUCUCCCCCAUGUACUGCGCGGAAAUUGCUACGGAUGACUCUCGUGGUGCCCUCGGUUCGUUUCUGCAAGCGUUCAUCACGCUGGGUUACCUGCUGAUCUACGGUAUCGGACCCUAUGUCUCCUACAUGGUGAUAGCUUACGUCGGUAUCAUCUUCACUGCUGUCUUUGUCGUCGGAUUCUUCUUCAUGCCUGAGUCUCCCUUCUACUACCUGGCUAAAGGUGACAGGGAGGCAGCCGCCAACUGCCUGGCUAAGAUCCGAGGUCGUUCCCACGCGGGCGUUCAGGAUGAACUCGACAAAAUGGCUGCUGAUGUCACUGCCUCCAUGGAGAAAACCGCUACGGUCGCCGACGUGUUCCGCGGCAGUAACUUCAAAGCGUUCUACAUCUCUUGCGCUCUAGUGUUCUUCCAGCAGUUCAGCGGUAUCAACGCUGUGCUCUUCUACAUGACCAACAUCUUCGAAGCUGCCAACUCCAGCCUCGACUCCGCCGUCGCUACCAUCAUCAUUGGUGUUGUACAGGUGAUUGCAUCUUGCAUCACUCCUCUGGUGGUAGACCGACUGGGUCGUAGGAUCCUGCUCCUCAUCUCAGCUUCCGGAACUGCUAUUGGUUUGGGUCUUCUUGGCAUGUUCUUCAUCCUAGCAGACAAGGGUAGUCCAGUAGUGUCCAGCAUUGGAUUCCUUCCCAUCCUGUCUCUUGUCCUCUUCAUAGUGACUUACUGCUGGGGUCUGGGACCCUUGCCGUGGGCUGUCAUGUCUGAACUGUUCCCCAUUGAAGUAAAGGCCAUCGCCUCACCUAUUGCCACCGCCUUCUGCUGGGUCCUGUCCUUCUUGAUCACCAGAUAUUUCAGUGCCAUCGCUACAGCCCUGGGUAUGGGUGGUACGUUCUUCAUCUUCGGCGCAUGUUGUGUAGCUGCCUUCUUCUUCACUCUGUUCCUGGUGCCUGAGACCAAGGGCAAGAGCUUCCAGGAGAUCCAGGACAUCCUGUCUGGCAGGCCGUCCAAGCUGGAGAAAGCAUAA